GAAAUUAACUGGGGAAACAUACGGCCUUUUUAUUCCCACUGAGCCCCCUGAGGUAGUAGAACACCAAUUCAACGAACAUCUAGCCCGAGCAUUUUACCUACUGCCCAGCAACACUGUCUCUACACCCAUAUCCCACAAAAUCAUCAACAAUAGUAUCCAAAAUGACCACCUUUUCAACCUCCCGCUUCCACCUCCGCCCUGCCAAACCCACUCCCACCGACCACGCCUUCAUCCUGUCCGCCUUCGACUCCUCCCUCCCCUUCCUGGCCUCCAUCGGCAGUCUCGACCAAUGGGGCAAGACCCCCUUCUCCCAGCGAGGGGAUUUCGCCGAAGCAACCCUAAAAGAACUGAAUUACUCUGAAGAGUUCCGCCUCGCAGGGACUAGCGACCUGGAUGGUAAUCUUCGUAUGUUCAUCGCCGAGCGAGAACUACACCAGCAGCAGCAGCACGAUGACGGACAGCUUCAAGCUGAGUUCAUUCGAGUGACACCCGAUGGACGACGCUUCUUACCCGUUGGAUUUGCGUAUGUUCGCGAGAACUGGGUGCCGAAUUAUGUAAAGACGCAGGUUCAUCUUCCGAUGCCAGAUGUUAACCAUGGUGGAGGAGGAUUUCUUUACCUCGAGGUUAUGGUGACGGAUUAUCGGGAAGAUCGGAGGGAGCUGUCUCGCGGGGCCGGAGCGGCGCUUAUCAGGGGGAUCCGGGAGUAUGGAGAGGCUAGAGGGAUGAGGGCGUUGUGGGUGGAUGGAUGGGCGGGAAAUGGGAGGAAAUUGAUCAGGUUCGUUUAUCUCUAUUAUCUAUAUCAUUCUGUUCAUCAUUUUGUGCAGUUCAUGAGAAUUGGGGGUGUUAACAAGGAUAUCUUUGAUAGGUACUAUGAACAGCAAGGGUUCCGGGCUGUCGGGGAGUGGAGCCAUAUGAGGUCGAACAAUGUGCCGUGGCUGGGAACGUUGAUGUGCAUGGACAUCUAG